CGCACCGCCCUCAGCCACGUCGAGAAUCUCAUCACCGGCGUCACCAAAGGCUACCGCUACAAGAUGAGAUUCGUCUACGCUCACUUUCCCAUCAACGCCAGCAUCGCUAACAACAACAAGUCCAUCGAGAUCCGAAACUUCCUCGGCGAAAAGAGGGUGAGGAAAGUAGACUUGCUUGAGGGCGUCACCGUUGUUCGAUCUGAAAAGGUUAAGGAUGAAUUGGUCUUGGAUGGAAACGACAUUGAGCUUGUUUCUAGGUCUUGCGCUCUCAUUAACCAGGUACUUCCUUUUUCUCUGCGCAUUCCCGAACCCCAUCCUUUCCCAAUUUAACUCUUUCCUUU